AUGUCGAAUAUUCCAUCAAAUCACCCAUCUAUUCGUGUACAUGCACCACCAGGUGGUCAUAGUAAUAACAUUUUUGGCACAUCAGAAUUCGAACAAUCCGCUGCUAAUAAGAAAAAACAUAUGGAGUCGGACAUAUUCGGUUCGAAAAAGGAAACAAAUGAGCCAACAAGUGCCACAAAACCAGCGCGUAACACAGGAAGUAAUAUAUUCGGUACUGAUUCCGAACAGUCAAAUAUUAAAUCGGGUACCAUUGCUGGUCAAUUUAAACAAACUCAAAUGAAAUCCAAUAUAUUUGGCAGUGAUGAGCCAACAUCAUCACGUCCAGUAUCGGAUAAGAACAAAUCAGAUAUAUUUGGUGUUAAUGACAAAAAUGAACAAAACAAACAGUCAAACGUUCGACAAGGUCUUCGAGAUCCAAAUGCAUCACGCAUGGGAUAUAACCCAAUCAAUGGUGAAGCAUAUGCCCCCAAGGAAAAUAUUAAUACAAAUGAAAAAGAAGUCGAACCAUCAACUAAAGCAGCUGAGAGUGAACAUGCCGAAGUCAAAGACAACGCACCAACUGACAAUGCGCAAACACCAACAGAGAAACCUGCUGAAGCAACUAAUGGAAAUGCAGCUCAAAAGAGUGUCCAUACAAGUGUUCGUGUAUUUCAUCCACCAGGCGGUAAAUCCAAUGGUCCACUCUGGUAA